GCUUAAGUUGGUCCAAACGCCUCACUAUAUACCCAAAUCAAAGGAGAGAUGAAGGCUGCGAGAGUGCCUUGAGCUUUCUUCAAAAGUUCAAACCAAGGGGGUUGGAUACUGUCCGUUUGAGUUCUCCGUGUUUGGGUUCUAUGGCUAAUCUUGUGGCGAUGAACAUAAAGAGGAAGGAUGCAGAGGUGGCCAGCCAUGGAUUCGCCAUCUUCCUUGAUCCCAAGAGGAUCAAACUACAGGAUGCGGUUGAGAUUCCUGAAAUGAUGGAAGAAGAGAAACCACUUGCAGAUUCAGAUGCUGGAGCUCCACCAGCUAAUGUGCAUCGAACCAUGCCCAUGCCCUCCCUGUCGAAGCCAACUCAGGGCCAAGAGGCAGCUGCCCAUGACAGCACCCUGAGCACUGAAUCUGGGAGCCAAUCCUCAGAACCACCACCAUUCAGCGCAGACCAGGCGGCGCCGAUGGAUGUCCAGGACGAUGUCCAGCAGCCGCAGCCGGGCAACCAUCCUCAGUUCUGGUCAGGUUUCUUCUGAUGACUAGCUCCUCCAAGUCAUGCAACAAGGACUGCUGCUGUUCAAUUGAGUUCAGGCUUCGUCACCUGCUAUAGAUGUGUACGUGCUAAUGGGUAGCAACAAUGUAUGUGCUGUUUGCAAUGUAUGCCAAGUCUUCGGUUCAUCAUGGCACGCAGUUUCACUGUCAGGGUACUGAUCGUGUAAUUGAGCAUAUGAUGGUUGGUACAUAGUAGAGUUUUAGCCCUGACCACGAACCUUUUGAAGGCAUAUAUAUCCUUUUCUAAAAGGCAUAUAUAUCUUAUUUUAUGCGUUAAAAAAUGUU